AUGUUACACCUAGAUUGUAAAGGUGAAACCAGAUGUCCGUGUGAGAAUUGUGAUAAUCGUUACUUCAUGAAUCUGAAAGCAAUGAGACGUCAUGUUCGUAUAUAUGGUUUCACUCAACCAUACAAAACACGGAUAUAUCACGGUGAACCUUUAAUCCCUCCAGUUGUAGAUGUCGUAUCGCCAAGCAACGAGAUGGUUGAUGUUUUUGAUGAUGUUAUAUGGGAGUCGAGAGAAAAUGAUACAAACCUCGAUGAAGGAACCUCGAAUACAGGGGGUAGUGGUGUCUAUGAUGAUUUUGAAGAGUUGUUAGAGUCCGUCGAAACCAAGUUAUAUCCUGGUUGUACGUUUUCAUUCCUUGAUUUUUUAGAAAAGCCGAUGCAUAUGAAGGUCAGCAACAAAUGGACUGAUAGUUCAUCUGAUCAACUCCUUGAGUUGUUGCAUUCGGCAUUUCCACCAGACAACAAGGUUCCCCGUUCAUAUUAUUUAGCAAAAAAGAAACUAAAGAAGUUAGGUUUGGGGUAUGAGUCAAUUCAUGUGUGCAAAAACGAUUGUUUUCUCUUCUGGAAGGAACACAAGUCAUUGCAAGUUUGUCCCGUUUGUAAAGAGACUCGGUGGAUUGAUAAAAACACCAAGGGCGUAAGCAUUAAAGACGCAGUGACAAACACAUUCUUCACGUUCAAAGCUACAUUGUUAUGGACAAUAAACGAAUUUCCAACACGUAGUAGUUUAUCGGGCUGGAGCGGACAAGGGUAUAGAGCAUGCCCGACUUGUAAUGAAGACACUCCUUCGUAUCGUACAGUAAAUAAAGUCGUUUAUAUCAGUCAUCGUUGGUUCUUAGAUGUUGAUGAUCCAUUAAGGAUGGGUUUGAAAUUUAAUGGGCAACCAGAGACAAGACCCGCUCCAAGACACUUUACUAAUGAAGACAUACAAGAGCAACUAGGUCGUCUAAUACUUCGUAAACCAGCUAAACAUCCUAACAUUCUUAAAGAAAACAUGGAUCGGCAAGGAUUCGAGUUGAACUGGUCGAAACGUAGCAUAUUUUCCGAGCUCGAGUAUUGGUCUUCUCUGCAGCUGAAGCACAACAUAGAUUUGACGCAUGUCGAGAAACAUGUGGGUGAGAGUCUUUUGGGUACUUCUAUGAUGAAUGAUAAGAGUAAAGACACAUCAAAUACACGUGUGGACUUGAAAAAUCUGAAUAUCCGGCGUAAUCAAUGGUUGCAAAAUAAGGGUAACAAGUUCACUAGACCACAUGCAAGCUACUCAUUCAAGAAACCUGACCGCAAAAUCUUUUGUCAAUUUAUAAGAGAUGCUAAAUUUCCUGGUGGGUUUGGAUCUAACAUCAGUAAGAAAGUGGUAGAUAAUGAUACUAACAUUAUUGAGUUGAAAUCUCAUGACUAUCACAUUCUUAUGCAACGUUUAUACCGAUUGGAGUUAGAGCGUUAUUAG